GGGGAAAAAAAACAACAACAACUAACUCUGCUAAACAGUACACAACACUCUUGAAUGAGCUCUUGAAGCGCCAUAAAUUCUCCUACAUCACGGUACAAGCCAGAGCCUGAGCUUGCAGCCAAAAUGAGAUUAGUCCUGCACGCUGUCAUCGUCUGCUGUGUUUUCACCACGUUCCUGCCACUGGUAAAAAGUGCCACAGGGGAGCUCAACUCCGGCCUGAAAAAAAGGUUUAAAGUAUGGCUGCAGGGCCGUAUGACGAGGGACCUGGGCAGCAGCUUAGUGGCAGCCAACGAGCAGUACUCUGGCAUCCAUGCUGGACCACAGCAGGGCAAGAACGCCAAAACCGUCUCGCUGCCAUUAAGCUUUGGGUUAAAUUUCAGACCCAGGAGGUCAGCGUCAUCCAAACCAUCUGGCUGCGUCCUAGUCACAUGUGCAUACCACGACCUGCUUCACCGACUGCAUAAGAUGAGCAACAUCGAGACAGAGGCCGUUGCGCCUAAGGACAAGAUGGGCUCCAAUGGCUACGGGCGGCGGCGCCGCUCAAUCCUGGAUGUCGCUCAGUUUGCCUUCCAGACGGGAAGACAGAGACGGCGCAUUGAAGCUGGUCACCGAGUCCACAGACACAGAAGCACACGCACGGCGGCCUAAGGCAGGCGUGAAAAGGCACAGGAAAAUCCUUGUUGGGGUUUUUUGUUUUUUUUUUCCGCUCACAGCAGAUGACGAUAUGUCCACUCAGAGGUUUUAUUCCACAGAUUUACAACUAGAUAUGCAGAAAGAACAGCUGCUACAUCUGUAUGGCCCAUUAAGCUCAGGUCACACUUGAUGAGACAGCAAUAACAGAUACUGAGAAGUUUGUGUGCGAAUGCUCAGCUGCAGGUUUCAGUUUGUCUGAACAAGUGUGUGAUGUAUGGAUGAAUUCAAGUCAGACCUGUGGGACUUGACAAGAAUGUCUCUCUCUUCUUCAGCUUCCAACGUGAGCUUGGCAGCUGAGAGAGAGGAGAAUUCCUAAAGAUCUUCUCUGAAAUAUCCGUGAACUGAAGAGGAGACCUGGGAGGAUUUUUUUCUCAAGAAACUGACAUUACUGGACCCCAAACUGUCACAUUCGGGAUCCUCUCACAAGUAACCUGAAUGUGGUCAAGUGCAAUUUACACAAUAUGUACUAAGCCUACACAUACUUAAAAAUAAUUAUCAGCUUGUAUGUGUAUACAUAUACAUAUAUAUAUAAGGAUAUAUAAAGCCA